GUCCCCCAAGGGCGAGAGGAAGGAAUGGAGUCCCAACAAAAAGAGAAAGGGGUGUAUGCGUGCGUGUGUGUGUGUCACCGACAGCUUCUCUGGACUCCAGCGGACUACCAUCCAGCCCCUGUCUGGUAAACGGGCGCGUGCGUGAGGGGAUACGUGUGCAUGUGUGCGGCCAAGCGUGUAUGUGUGUGGUGUGAGGAUAGGAAAGCAGCACACACACACACACACACACACGCACACACACCCCUAACAUUCGCUCGCAACAUGGCGUUGAAGCGCCGAGAGACACGACAGCUCUGCCCCGACUAAUGCGGUGGUUCUGCGCGGAAAGCCCGGGGACCGCUGCCCGACAGAGACCCAAACCUCCACUGAGACUCCCGUUACGCACCGCCGUGGACAAUAACGGAUUCCAGCGUGUGCAUGUCGCCGUGAGGGCUCGAAACUACGGUGUAUGUGAUUGUAUACAGGCACACGCUUCUACCCCGCUGGUGGAAAUCAAAGGCUGUACAUGGCGGUGGAGAGUAUUAUUUGGCUGUUCUGUCUUCUUUCGCUGUAUUGGGGUCCAACCAAGCAAGAAAAGCCUGUUUCAGUGGAACUGAGCUGUGAAGCUGGGCCCAGCCAUGUGGUUCUGGAGCUAGGUUUGCCACUUUUGCUGGACUGCAACCUGGGGUCCAGCGACACUCCUUCCAAUGUCACCUGGUUCAAGGAUGGCCAGCCCCUGCCACAGGCGCCAGGAGAUCGCCUGCAGUAUUUGACCAACGGGUCCCUCUUGUUGUCGCCCACCUCCGCAGGCAGCCAGCCUCCCCGGAACGUAGAGGGCAGUUACAGCUGUGUGAGUGCCAGCGCCAUCGGAGCCCUGACCAGCCGGACUGUCAACGUGCUGCUUGCAGGUCUGUCCAGCUUCAGUCAGGAGCCGUCGCCACAAGCGGUGACCACUGGGGGUUCUGCUCGGUUUGAGUGCCAGAUUGAGGGAGUACCCACACCUGUCAUAACAUGGCAAAAAGACAAAGUGACUAUCACUGACGAGACAAGGUUCAUUUCUCUUCCUAAUGGGGUGCUGCAGAUUCUGAAGGUGACUAAAGAGGAUGAGGGCUUCUACCGCUGUGUGGCAUCCAACUCUGAAAGGAAAAACAUCAGCCGCGAAGCUAGACUCACUGUCACGACAGGCUCCAUUGACAGUCCAAGCCCAGUAGUGAUUGUUGCGCCACCCCAGAAUGCCACAGUGGUGCUCGGCCAUCCUGCUGUGAUGGAGUGUGUGGCACAAGGCCAGCCAAAACCAUUGGUGUCAUGGAGCAGAGAAGACGGAAAGCCCAUUUCCACAGACGUGAUCGUCCUUGCCACAAACCUGGUGAUUAGGGACACGAGGCGUCACCAUGCCGGCGUCUACGUCUGCCGAGCCAACAAGCCCAAAACUAGAGAGUUUGUCUUUGCUGCUGCCGAGUUGCGCGUUGCUGCCCCUCCAGUGAUUGUACAGCCCCCAGAGUCUGUGUCCCUCUCCAGAGGGAAUACCGCCAGGUUUCUGUGCAACAGCUCUGGGGAACCUUUCCCAGUGCUGCACUGGCUGAAGAACGGCCAACCCAUUAGAUCUUUCAGGCGGAUGAAGGUGCAAAGCCCUGGGGUCCUGCUCAUCAGCCAGCUGGCUCUGGAGGACGCAGGUUACUAUCAGUGCAUCGCUGAAAACGGGCUCGGGAAGGCCUGCGCCACCGCCAGGCUGACGGUCAUUGUGAAGGAAGGUCUCCCCAGUCUUCCUCGCCGCCUGACUGCUACGCCGCACUCCAGCACAACGGCCCUGCUCUCCUGGGAGAAACCCGAAUACAACGCAGACCAAAUCAUUGCCUACUCUGUGCACUACCAACUCACUGCAGGGUCAGAUAAUCAGGACUCUUCGUUUGCAGUUAGCAACGACACCACAGAGUAUCUCGUCAAAGAGCUCCUCCCCCACACCGCCUACACUUUCUUUGUGGUGGCUUAUUCGCCCAUGGGAGCCAGUCCUCCAUCGCUGCCUAUAACCAUAGAGAUGCUUGAGGAUGUUCCCAGUGCACCUCCUCAGCUGUCCGUCGCGAGCACGUCCCCCACCGACUUCAGGCUGACGUGGCAGCCGCUGACGUCACAGCACAGCCGAGGGGCUGUCACCCGCUACCGCAUUGAUUACAGUGCGCUGGAUCAGAAGGACACUGUAUACUCAGUGGAGCUGAGGGGCAACGAGACUCAGUUCACGCUCAGGGAGCUGCGCCCCAACCAGGUUUACCGACUGAGGAUAGCUGCUGGAACCGCUGUGGGCUUCGGCGUGCCGUCUGAGUGGGUCCAGCAGCAGACAAUAGUUCGCAACGGCGCCAGUGACAGCAGCACAGUGAUUUUUGCUCCUUCUGAGCUGAAGGUCAGAGCCAGAGUGACCACUCUUAAUGUGACAUGGCAACCCUCACCAAAUCACACGCUGGUUUCUGGCUACAAGCUCUCCUAUCGGGAAGCGGAAACUGAUGAGUUCUCCAUCAGAGACAGAACGCCGCACACACACACCAUCAGGCUUCGGAAGAAGGCGAGGCACCACCUGCUGACGGGGCUCGUUCCUGACCGGCAGUAUGAGGUGAGGGUCUGGGCAUUCGACAAGCAAAAGGAUGGAGCAGCUGCAGUGUGGAAGGGAAGGACGGAUAAGAUCCAUGGUAGACCUUCCGGGCCGUCCUCGUCCCCUCCGUUGCCCCCCAGCAGCAUCCAAGCUACGGCCAACAGCUCCACCUCCAUCUGGCUCCGUUGGGAGAAACCUCGGUUCAUCAACGUGCGCAUCAUCAACUUCACGGUGCGCUGCAGCCCAGCAGGAACCACCAACGCCUCUCUUGUCUCUUAUUACACCAGUUCCUCUUUGGAGAUCCUGCUCAGGGGACUGAGGCCUUUUACCCACUAUGAGCUGGCAGUGCGGUCUAAUGGAGCGAACACUGCAGGACCCUUCAGCAGCACCAUGGUGGAGGCCACCCUGCCUGACCGGCCGUCCUCGCCACCUGAGGAGCUGCAGCUGAGAGCUCUGAACUCCUCGUCCGUGCUGGUGAGUUGGCGCCCUCCGCUGGAGCCAAAUGGCAUCAUCGUCAGCUACAAGAUUUUGUACACCGUCAACCUGAGUGAGCCUGAAGACGAGUGGAGGAAUCUCUCCGAGGGUGGGGGCAUCUUUAGUGUGGAGGUCCACGGUUUGUCAGGGGGAACUCGGUACUUCCUUAAAGUGGGAGCUUCCACAAAAGUGGGAUCAGGGCCUUUUUCACCCGUUAUGGAUGUUCAGACUCCUCUGCCCACGUAUGAGCUGGACGUUCACGCGGUCACAGGCAUCAUAGUCGGCGUUUGCUUGGGACUUAUUUGCAUCCUCCUCUGCAUGUGUUUCAGCUUCCGAAACAGCAAACCCCGAGAGCCGUCUGGAGGCCUGAGCUCCACAGCUGUGACUCCUCAGUGCAGGAAAGGCGGCUGCCCCGCUCCAGCCGGUGUGCCCGAGUGCAGCGAUAGCCACGAACUGGAGACACUGAUGCCUCCAGGCACCCAGGAGUCGGGUCAGCAGCCAACAAAAGACCCGGAGGAACAGAGUCUGAUGAUCGCUUGGAAUGGCUCUGUGAGCCAUAACUGGGUCAACAGGAUCACCCGAUACAGAGACACUAUAACAGAAGAGUCUCCAGCGCUGAUGAACGGAGCGCUCAACAUGUUCAUUGCUGCGACUGGCAUGGAAGCAGACGAUCAUCUCUCCACGUCUCUGUGCAGUAACCAGGUGGAGGCAGAAGUCAUUGUGCACUCUGAGCUGUCAGACCCCAGUGGGAGGGAGAAGGGGGAGGGCAGCGAGCGGGAUUCUAUCGCCACCCAGGGACCGUCGUUAUCAGAGGACGUGUAUUCCCCUCUGAGUCGGCCGAGUUCGCCGAGAGAAGAGGCGGAGCACCUCGAAAACCUUUCUGCUCGGGGGGCUGAAAGUCCCCCGAGUCCUCCCGCAAGAACAUUGGCGGCUCAUCGCAAUGAGGAGGCAGAAGGUGCCAGGCAACAGCAGAACGGCGACAGGGAGCCACAGCUGGACACAUGCCUCACCAAUGGCUUCCACUCUCCUAAGACUCCAAGGCCCAUGCUGAAAUCUGAGCAUCUGGAAAUGGAAGAGUCCAGACACUGCCCAUCCGCUGCAGGGAAGGCUAUCUCUGCCGGACUACCUUCUACACCCUUCGUCAGCCCCGGCUUCGUGCACUCUACCUCAGCUGCUCACAUAUAUCUGUGCCCUUAACUUCAUCUACACGGGGACAUUUCAGACUUUUUCUUUUUAUUAUUUUCCAGGAAGAAUCCAUGAAAACAAAAUAUUUUUAUGCACAUUGUCACUGGAUUUCUUUCUCUUCCUUGCAUAGUUUUAUAGGCACUCUGAACCCAUCAUUUCCCAUAUGUGUAUACUGUAUACAUAAGAAAACGUGUUUUCUUUUUCUGUAGAGAUCCAGAAAUGUUUCAGGUUCUACAUCUUUGUGGAUUCUUUUCAGAAAGAAGACAAGAAAGUUGUCCACCCCACCUUGGUUACAUCAGGCAAAAUUGGUGUUUGUGCUGGUUUGUGCAUCAAAAUGUUUUGUUUGUGCCGCUAUAGUUUUAAAGAUAUUUAGAAAAUUUCCCAGACGUCAUGAAAGGUCAACCAGCCCCUACCUUCUUCAAAUCAGACAUAAUUGGUAUCAAUCAACUCGACUAUGUUUGUGCUGGUUUGUGCAGCUAAAGUUUUUGUUAAUGCUGCUUUGGCUUUGAAGAUAUUAAUAAAAGUUUAAAGGUCAAAAGGUCAAUCAGCUCCCCCUCCGACCUACUUUUACUAAAUCAAAAUGAAAUUAAACUUUUAUUAAUAUCCUCAAAGCCAAAGCAGCAUGAACAAAAGUCUUCGCAAACCUGCACAAACGUAGUCGAGUUGAUUGACACAAUUUGAAGCAGGGUGCUGGUUGACCUUUCACGACCCCAGGAAACAUUUCUUAAUAUCUUUAAAAUGGCAUCGGCACGAACGAAAAUCUUUUGCCGCACAAACGUUUGACACCGAAUUUGCAUGAUUUGACAAGGGGGUGUGGGGGCAACUUCACUCAGGUCAGAGCAGAGGGGAGUGAAUUAUAGACGGGCUCUUCCUAUUGGUGGUGUUCCACUCGGGGAGGACAUUACAACAGGAAGGGAUGGAGUAAUUGGACGGGGUUUCAUCAGCUGUGUCAGGGUGGGUUGCUUUAUCGACAUCCCCCACAAUGUGGCAUUGAGAAAUGACCUUAAAGAGUAUUCGCUAAUGUCAGAGUGCAGAACACCCACAUCCUGUAGUCUCAGGGUCCAAACACUCACACAGGGAUUCUAGCUAGCACCAGUGCUGCGUACCGCAUACACACAUUUCCUGAGUGGAGAGUGGAGGGUGCCGGGGGGACGGAGGCUGGGUCUCAGGUGCCCAAAUAUUCUAGGUGGAUUUAUAACCUCUGUAUAGUUUCUAUUCAGUGCAAGUACAAACCAUGUCAGAGUGAAGUGAACAAGGUUCGGUAGAUGUGGAGCCACGUGUCCAUUUUGGGAGUGUGGGGGGGAACUGGGUUUUUACUGGUUAUCAGAGAGGGGCUGUCUCGUGUGAAAGUCAGAGUAUCUCAAUGUUGACAUUGGCUGCAUUAAGCUGGAGGGAAAACAAAGGGGAGAUUUUACAGCAAUCCAUCUGCAGACCACUCUCCUGAUUUAGCUCAGCAGGGAUGCACCUCUGUCCAUACUGAUGUCAGAACACUGUUACACAAAAAUUAAAACUCUUCCAACGAGCCGGUUUGAUGGCUCAAAAAGUGUUUGCCCCCUUACAGAUUAUUUUUUUCAGCGUUUUUUUUGUUUUGUUUGUUUUUUGUCAAAGUUAAAUGUUUCAGAUGAUCAAACAAAUUUUAAUCACAUAAUCACAGUAAGUAAAAAAAUGCUUUUUUUAAAAUAUACAUAUAUAUAUUAAAGUUGAUGAAUUAAAGUUUAGUGAAAGUCAAUUUUGCUCUUUUGGAGGGCUUUCGAACAUGAAUGUCAAGUUUGAGGUCACACCACAGCAGGAUCUGUGAAUACGACACGUGUGAUGUCACUUAGCCGAAUGCUGUUUUAGCUCUAUGUCAGACAUAGUAGGAAGGCACACCUUCCAGAACUUCCCAGAGUUUUUCAUGUUCCAAAAGGUUGGGUUUUUAUUCCUAGAGUGGAUGUCAGGUUGUAAGUUUGAAUUCCUUUUAGUCAGCAGUGGUUUUGGAUCUGGAAAUCGUGCAUGAAUUCAAAUUUCACCUGUUUUUUCUUAUUGUUGGAAGACAAAGAUUGACCUCGACUCCUGGGGAAGUUUGGUGGAUAAUGGCUCUGACUACAAUACAAAAGCCUCAGAAAUGGCCUGGGAACUCCAACCAGACUGAUGGUUGUCAAUAACUUUGUAAUAAUCUGUUCUUGAAUUUAUUCGGGCAGGAUUUUUUUUUUUUUUUUUAAACCAUUUAACCUACUUCAACUAAUGGGACAGGUUCUACUUGACUGAUCUUUUGAUUCUACAGUUCUAGCUAUAAUUUGGCCUGUUAAAGGCCAGUUAAUUCAUAAUAAUAAUAAUAAUAAGAAGAAGAAGAAACAUCAUACUUCAAUAGUAAGUGCAGAUAUGUGCAAUUGAUUUGGUAAUCUGAAACAUUAGACGAACAGACAGAAAGGCAAGUAAAAAAAGGCAUCUACAAGGGAGCAAAUAUUUUUUUUAAAGUAAAAUCUAUGGAAGAAUGAUCCCAGUUUUUGUAUAUAUAUAUAUAUAUAUAUAUAUAUAUAUAUAUAUAUAUAUAUAUAUAUGUUCAUGUCAUUUUGAAUAAAAACAUAAACAUGUUGAAAAUAUUUCUUGUAUGUUUGGCCCAAUUCAUUUUGAUGCCAUUAUUGUUUGGAGCAGUGUUCACAAGGACCGGUGCAUCCCUCUUUUCUUUUCUUUUUUUUUGUCUCAACAUCACUACCUCAUUAGAACGGUUGUUCUAUUUGUUUUACCCAAACUGGGGCCUUUAUACGACAAUUUUUCUAAACUCGUCCGACUUUCAGCGCAAACAGAACGUGUUGGACAGCGACUGUGCGGUCACGCUUCUAUAUCAAAAUGAGGAAUGUGUCUCCUUUUGUCAUUUGUGGGUUUUGUCUCUCUGUGUCAAAGUUCCCUGAUGCAUUUUCUGUGCUCGACCAAAAGCCUUCGUCCUCCGUGGCUACUUCGUCAAAUCGGAAUGUUUGCUUCAGACGUUUUAGUGGAUGUGGGCUUGUCAAAGGAGUUUUUGACAGUUCUGCAGCUCAACACGUCAGUAGCUGCAGCUGGUGUGAUUGUUUUGUGCGGCUUUCAGCUGCUUCCAUUCUGCCCUUUCUUAUAAAUAGACUUUCUGAAGGCUAGCAACUCUAUGAUUUGAGACAUUUUUUUUUUUUACUUGUGAUGGAAAGAAGGUGGAAACUUUGGUUUGUACGACUGUAAAUAGAUAUUACAACUUACCAUCUGUAAUUCUUAUAUGCAAGCAAUAAGUUGGUAUCCUUUUUUUGUUUUUUGGUAACACAAGUUGCUUAGUAACAAAUGUGACCUUCUAAAUUAAAAUUUGGAAAUCUGUAACAACGCACACAGGUCCAUACAAAAAUAUUUUUGCACCUUUUCACUUUUUGACACUUUACAGCCGCACACUUCAUAAAUACAUAAAUUAAGUGGGAAAACAAAUGAUUGAAAAGUUUGGGGGUUUUUUACCAACAAAAUGUGAAAAAUGUCCCAUCUGUUCGUAUUCAGUCACCUGUAAUCUGAUACAGCAAGAAAAAGUAUACUUGUGGUGUUCCACAGGGACGAGUACUGGGACCACAUCUGGUCGUUUUGCACAUAACUGAUUUUCAUAGAUUGUAUGACAUCCUAAUGAAAUAUUGCCACUGAUUUCCUUCAGAAGUUAACAAAUUAGUAAAUUGCCCACCUGGGUGAACUUUAAUUUUAUUUAAAUCCAGCUGUUCCGUGAAGAAAAUGACUCAUGGUCAGAGAGAAAGUUGUGGAGAAGUUUAGGUUCACAUAUGUAUCUAACCGUUUUGCCGUUUUUAUUCAUAGAACAUAAAAAAAACAAAAAAACAUAUUGAAAUUUGUAGUGUGCCACUUUGUGCUGAGGUGUUACGUAAAAUCCCAAUUAAAUACGGUGAAGUUUGUGGCUGUAAUGGCAGAAUGUGAGAAAGUUCAAGUUAGUCCUCUUUCCAGUGGUUUUCUAAUUAAGCCAGACCUGACGUGGAACCAAGCUUCACCUUUCUGUCCUUUCCCUGUUUCUGCGCGUUUCUGUGCAGCUGCGACAGUCUUAACAAGCUCGACCCAAGUUAUUGCAUGUUCCAGUGUUUCCAUCAGCAAAACUCUGUUUUCUCCAACACCUCGCCUUGGUCUAUUCAGACACAGUGUUAGUACAUUUCGAAGUCUAUUCUUUUAUUUUUUUGCUUUCUAGUGUAUAUUUGUGAUUGUGUUUU